CUGACGUCAACUUCAGCUGGUUAUUUCACUCUCUCUGCGCUCAGAGCCUGAAAGGAUCCCGGCAGCAGCCCGCACACAGAAGCAGCGCAAAAUGGGUAAAAUCUACCAAGUCGUGGUGCAUGGUAUAAGGGGGGAGAAGAUGGUGAUCGACCUGUGUAACACAGAGGAGCAGAUGCAGAGCAUGACAGUGAAACAGCUGAAGGAGAAGAUAGCAGAAAGGCUUCCCGGGAACGCAGGAGUCAGUCUGGAGAAUGUGCGGCUGAUCUUUGCAGACAGGAUGCUAGACGAUGACUGCUCACCAUUGUCUGAAUAUGGGAUCCAGCAGCAGUCCAGCAUCCACAUGGUGAUAAAAGUUCCUGGAGGACUUGAAGCUUGAUGUGGACAGAGAGAGACCAGCAUCAUCUUCAUCUCCUGGUGCUCUGCCUCCUCCUCAUACUGCUGCUGCUUUUAUUCCAUGCGUUUGUUUACAGAUGUCUAGAUUUUACUGUACAGGCUUUUUUAUUGUAAAAAAUGUAUGUUGCUUGUCCAAUCAGUGGCAACUGAGCGACCUUCCUCCACCUCCUCAUCCUCAGCCAGCAGACUCCUCCACAUCAUAUUAUUUGUUCUUUGUUGUCCUUUAAUAAACUUACCUACUUUAAUUUUAUGUAGUUCAGUUUACCUUUGUUCGUGUUACUUCCACAAAUCAGGUUGUAACAUUCCUCCUAAAAUGUUUGUUGUUAAAUAAAAA